AUGAGAUGGAUGAGACGACCUUCGUCUUCCUUCAAGUUGUUGGUCCUGCCAAUCAUCCUGUAUAUCAAUUGGGCCCUCGUUGCCCCGCAAUUUAACAAUCCUUGGGCCCGUCUCCUCUUUCCGUCAAACCGGCUGCCAGACUCUGCUCAAGGCUUCCGACAAUACGCAAAAAGCUAUUGGGAUCUCGCCUUUGUCGCGUACUACAUUGUCGUAUUCUCAUUUGUUCGACAGUCUAUGACUAUCUAUGUUCUCAAACCGCUCGCACGUCACUACGGUAUCAACAAGGAGGCCAAAUUAGACAGGUUCGCUGAGCAAGGAUAUGCCGUAUUCUACUUUUCGAUCUCAACAUCCUUGGGCAUAUACACCAUGUAUAACUACAUGCCGACGUGGUUCUAUAGGACCGAGUACUUUUGGAUCAAUUACCCCCAUUGGCAGAUGCCAGGUACCUUGAAAGUCUACUAUCUGCUCCAAACAGCGUAUUGGACCCAGCAAUUCCUCGUUCUGGUACUCAAACUCGAGAAGCCUCGCAGCGACUAUGCUGAACUCGUCGCUCACCAUGUAGUGACCUUGUGGCUCAUCUUCUGGAGCUAUCUGGUCAACCUCACUUAUAUUGGCAAUGCGGUAUACAUGACAAUGGACGUGUCUGAUGUCUUUUUGGCUCUAUCAAAAAUAUUCAACUACCUUCGCAUGGAGAAAACAAAGACGGUCGCCUUUGCCUGGUUUACAUGCGUUUGGACGUAUACCAGACAUUACCUCAAUAUCUUGAUUCUUUGGUCCGUCUGGAAGGAGUUUGAUCUUAUCCCGUACCAAAACAAGGUCUGGGAACGCGAACGAGGAGCUUGGUUGGCACCAUGGAUGAAAUAUCAAAUCUUCCUCCCACUCUUCCUGCUUCAGCUCAUCAAUCUGUUUUGGUACUUCCUCAUCUGGCGCAUCUUGCUCCGUGCCAUUUUCAGCUCGACGCUCGACGACGAGCGGUCUGAUGACGAGGACGACGAACCUCAGAAAAAGAAGAAAGAGUAG